CUCCCUAUGACAAAUGCAAUGCGCCUAUAGUAGCGGGUUUCUGCGAGCAAAACUUGCCUCAAUAUGGCUACGAUGCUGACAUCGGCGCCUGCAGGCAAUUCAUCUACCAUGGUUGUGACGGAAACGCAAACAGAUUUGGAACGUUCACAGAAUGUGAAGCCGCAACAGCGACCUGCUCAAAUAAAUGUAUGUGA